AUGUCUAAUACAGAAUGUUCAGAUAACGAACCUUUUCCAAAGGAUUUCGAUCCCGGUUCCGACGUACCUCCAGAAGUACAUUCCAACUCCUCAAGCCACCGGCGCACGAGCUCCCGUCUGGUUUCCCGUGGCGGAUCUCGAACAGCAGAGGCUGACUUCCUCAUCUCCCAUAGCUGCAGCCGGGCAUUUCUGCAGCCCCAGAUCUCCCUCUCUCCCAGGUUCGGGAACUCUCGGACCAAGUCUCCGGUGCGGUCUCCCAGCCCAGGCCAGCAGCUCCAGCCAACUCUUCAGCCAACUCUUCAGCCAACUCUCCAGCUAACUCUCCCGAGAGACCAGGGUGAGGACACGGGCGUAGCCGCGGGGGGAAAAGGACAAGGAAGCAGUGUCCUCCACGAGCUCGCUUGUCAAAAAGACCCACCCUCCCCCAGGCUCAACCGAGCGCCGCCCAGCUCGGGAGCCCUGUGCGACAAGUCCAUCGCCACGGGAGGAAGCUUCACUGCCGUGUGUAGGUCCGCAGAUCCCCGGCUCCUUAAAGAUCUCAACAUAGGGCAAUUCCUGGUUGCUUUUGGCAUCUUCCGCGAUGUCCUAUGGUCCGUUUACCCCGAAAGAAGAACUGAGUUAGACGCUUAUCUGGGCAUUAUCGGCGAUCUCCAUCUCAAAUACGGGAAAUCCACGUUCUACUGCUAUCACAAGAGUUUUUCUAGCAAAGCAGCGCUUCAUCUAGCUCACUGCAACAUUCGCCUGGACUGGUCCAUGCUGGACACCGAGCUGCUUGUGAUGGCUACCGGCGGGCAACAAGUCGCCUCAUGCAUUAGUUGGGGGACGCAGGGCCACACCUCCCCCUUCUGCCCAUCAGUGCCUCUCUCCGGGUCCAGAGAUUUCCCCACGUCGUAUCUCGGGAAUAAUAGACAAGAUCGUCAGUUUCUGCAGGGAGGCUCAUCCGAAGUCAGUCUGCCCAAGGCGCCGCCGAGUCACCUUCCCGCCACAGAAACCACGUGGUGGAAAAAUCUUCUGAAACAUCACCCUUCUACUCCCAUUAACAUCCCACACUUAGCCGGUGCGCUCUCUACUCACCCAGAUUCAGUGUUCGUAGAUUAUCUCCUGUCAGGGCUCUCCCAAGGCUUUAGGGUCGGGGUUCUCUCUCCCCCCUCUGUGACUUUUGUUGCAAAAAACCUGCAAUCAGCCACUGAAGAACCCAUCAUAGUCUCCCAGCUCAUUGAGAAAGAACUUCACAAAGGAUACUUAAUAGGUCCUUUUCACUCAUCCCCGUUCUCUGUGUUACGGACAAGUCCAAUAGGAGUAGCCACACGUAAAUAUUCCGAGAAGAAAAGGCUGAUUUUCGAUCUGUCCGCACCCCGCUCCGGCCCGUUCUGCAGCAUUAACAGCCUCAUCCCUUCAGAGCCAUUCUCCCUUCACCAUGCCUUGGUUGAUAACGCAAUCAAACUAAUUAAGCUUGCAGGGCAAGGAGCCUGGCUCUCCAAAGCAGACAUUACCGAUGCGUUCAAAAUCAUUCCCAUCCAUCCGUCUCAGUGGAACAUGUUCGGUAUCAGGUGGGAGUCUAAAUUCUACUUCGCUGUCCGCCUGACUUUCGGGUGCAGAAGUAGCCCUUGCAUUUUUUAUUCUUUUUCCGAAGCCCUUUGCUGGAUCCUGCUGAACAGCGUCAGAAUUCCCUCCAUUCUUCAAUUACUGGACGAUUUCCUCCUCGUAGAUCCCCCUAGGGACAACUCAGGCGCCUCCCUGGCAAAACUUAAACUCUGCUUUCAGGAGCUAGGCGUCCCCUUAUCCGCAGAGAAAACCCUAGGACCCGACACACGCCUGGAGUUUUUAGGCAUUACACUCGAUUCCAUAGAGAUGAAAGCGUCUCUUCCCACCGACAAACUGCAGCGCAUACGUGACAUUACUAAGUCAUAUUGCGAGCAACAAAUCAUCACCAAACAACAGCUGCUCUCUCUUCUCGGGCACCCUAACUUCGCCAUGCGCGUCAUUCCCCAGGGGCGCUCAUUCAAGGCUGCCGCUCAGACCUACGAUUCUGGUCUCUCCUGCUCGCUCACUGGAACGGCAUCACCUUAUUUUAUGACGACCUCGUGUAUUCCUCCCACUCAAUGA